UGCGCUACCUCCAUAGUAAACGUAUGUAGGCCGUAUUGGUAGUGAGGCGAGGGUCUUUGGGGGCCUGUUACCUCCAUCCUCCAGAGUCCAGACACGUCCGAGACGACACAGCGUCUAGAAUGAGGGAAUGGACCUUGCUGUGGUGCUCAUCAACGUGCAUGGUCAGCUGGCAAGUGAAUGGUCUUGCCCUUGUAGCGAAUCGAUUGCGCUGCUACUUGGCCAAAGUAUCUCCCGUCGUCCUGAAUGAUGCCCCUGUGACUGCGGUCAGUCAUCGGGCUCGGUGGGAAGUUGUCCAUGAUCAGGUAUGUUCUCGCUUGUGUCUGUGGAUAGGCCGGAGCGGCAGCAAGCCAAAAUGAGCGCUAGGUAUCGACGAUGCCGAUAUGUCUCGUCAAUGACGUUUUUGUCCCCGAGGAACUCCCCUACCAACGGUGAUGCUCCUGAGAUCUCUG